AUGAAUUUGAAGUAUUUCCAUCUAAAGAACGGCGUUUUACUACAAAGAAAAAAUGGAUUACACCACGAUUAUGUACCGCACGAUAAAGCGAAGGUGUCGGACCGACAGGCGAUGCAUAUUUUGAUGGCAACAGUAGAGGCUUUGGAGAUUCCUGCCGAUAAUGUAGUCUUGAUUCGUACCUCUUUACAGCAGUUGCGUCAAAACAAUCGGCACUAUCAAUUUGGCGAAGCAAAGUCUGAAUUCCUCGAUAACUUAAGUAUAAACGAUCGUUUGGUGGUUCAUUGGGACGGAACAAUUUUGGCCGAUUUAGUGGGCAGAUCCAACGUGGAUCGGAUAGCAGUUCUCGUAAGCUACAAUGGAACUUCUCAGUUUUUGGGCGCUCCCAAAAUUGAAUGA